GAUGCCCCCGAAUUUCUUUUGUUCAUCGUUGGAAAUGAUAUCAAAAAGUUGACAUUAGGUGAUGCCCCUGUGGAGAGUACACUUGUGCCAGGGAAGCAGUUCGAUGGUUCGCCGUUAUUUUUAGAUUUUAAUUACAAAGAAAACCGCUUGUACUGGGCUACUUCCAAGUCCAUUUAUCGUUAUUUUCUCAGCGAUACGUCUAGUAAGUGAAACAUUAUACAUAAUUACUAACUACAAUAGUAUACAGUGAGCCACAGGAGCCGAUACUAACUGGCAAGUGGCUGCUUAAUGGAGAGGUUGGCCGCUAGCUUUCCCCACUGGCGUGUUCCGUUAGGUUGUUAAUAGGCCCAUUUGCUCUGAGAGAAUAUGUGACAUUCGGAUGACAUCUUUUUUAUGAAAAUGAAAGUUGUAAUAUAUAGAUUUAGCCAGGGCUAAAAGCGGAGCUCUCUAUAAUAUUUAUGGUUUGCAAAAUAUAAAAUUGUAUAAUGCUAAAGGUGAUAUUACACGAGACGAUUUUUGGCGCAACACAGGGUUGCAACAUUGUUGCGACAUUGAUUCGAGUGGUUACAACAUAGUUCCCUCAUUGCAACGCUGUGUUAUGCAAUUAAUCUGAGUUUAAUACUUUAGACAACACGGAUACACAAACAAUUUCCGCUUUCCAUUUUCGUCUUUGUUGACUUUUUAGUCGUCUCUGCUUCACAAGUGGUGGGUGGCUAUGCGAUUCCCCUACAAGAUAACCUCGAGUUGCAUUUGGGUUGUCAUACCUGUUGAUUGAGUUAAUUUACAUUGGUAUGCCUGUGAUGCGGGGUCACUUGAUUACCAAAAUUUCUCGGUUGGGUAGAUUACCACAUUUUCUUAUGGGGCUACGCUCGCGCGCGCGUGGAGCUCCGCUAUGAUUUUACCUUCGAAAAACGAUUAGUGGGCCACAUUUCAAACAAAAUAUUAGGGUUUUCAAACCUGCACCGUUUUCUUAAAUAAAAUGAGUAAGUUCGUACCCGGUCACGUGACCAAAACGUGAUUUUUUAACGUUUUGAAUUACCAUGAACACAAAUUUUGCACUUAAACUUCAAGUAAACUGUUGAAAAGCUGAUGUGGUAACGUUUACAGGACAUCUGAGCGUAACUAUCGAACGUUUAACAAGAUACAAACAAAAAGUAGUUUUGACCACCAUGUUGGAGGACAAGAGUAAAACUCGUAUCCAACAUGAAAUAUCGAUCAAAGUGCCAUAAAACAUCUCUCUUGAAUGCGUUUCCUUUGAAUGUUCGGGUGUAAGAUAAUUUUUAUGUGUUGUGUCAAUUUUUGGCAUCAGCAAGAUUCCAACGCAUUGUUUUUUUAAAGGAAAUAUUGAUCACGUGACCUCUCGUUUUCACAUGACGUCACGGCAGCCACAUUUAUGUACAAAACAAGGAAUCGGCGGCCAUGUUUUUAUAAAAAAAAAUCCUGUGGCAAUUAAACUCUUUUCAAAGGUUAAAACUUUCUUUUGCUCCAGGCAGUUUGCAAAGCUGCCGACCACGAACCUGAAAACGAUCUAUACAGUUAAGUCUCAUGAGAGAUGCAACGUCAUUCACGAAAAUUCGAUAUAGUAAACAUCUACAAAAAAAGAUCUAUAUUGCAGUUUAAAAGUGUUGUUUGACCCAAGUUAAGACCAGAUGCCAAACCGACAAGAUAAACAUUCAGAUAAAUUUUAAAAACUGCUCGCAGUUCGGACAGUAACGAUGCGCGGGUCACUGACCUUGUUCAUUAGUUACAUAGACUUUUCCCUAUCCACAAGAUAAUCCACUAAUCCAGUGGAUAGGUGUUGAGGAAACAAAUUGUUUAUGACUCCGACUGGAAAGCCUAACGCAAUUGCUUCACAUAUCUACUCGGAAGUCUACCGCUGUCUACUUUUUGAAGUGGUACCUGCUGCCCUUCGCUAAAUUUUAUUUCAUAUUACGUUAUCGACAUUCGGCCUAAAUUAAGUUAAGACGAAAUUGUGCGUGACCUCCUUGUUAAAGCCAAGCUGAAACAAACAAAGACGCCAACUUCAAACACACCUUCCAUAAGAAAAAUGCAACUCCAUUAGAUGCAAAAACAUUCAUUCUUAUUCAAAAACGUUCGUGUGGAAGGAACGCGUGACGCACGCCUAAGAAUGUCUGCGGGGAGGCUAUGCAAAACCUGGCCACUCAUUAAAGAUAGUGUAUCAUCAUGUACAUUCGAAAACACUGGCCAAAAUCACCUCAUUAAGCAGAAGACGAUCACAUGUACAUCUAAAGAUCUCAUUUACAUGCAUGAUACAAUAUCGCAAAAGUAAAAGCACCCCAAACACAUCAGCGUAAAAUUGAGUUCUCUUAUAAGCAAACUUAAAAUCCUAGAAAAAUCAUACGUCCGGGAAAUUUCAACGUACAGAUUUAUACUUGGACUCUUUUUAAAGCUUAGGAAGUCUACUUUUCACAGAAAAAAACGAUUUAUGGUGCGCCGAUCUGGCCUUCCGAAUUAUUUUGGUUCUUCAACUUGUCACAAUAUAUUUUGCGGCUUUAUUAGUUUUUCUUAGCGGCAUAAACAGACAAACGUACAGAGUAUUUGGGUAAAUUAUUUUGAACUUAAUUCGAUUGCAUUUGCCCACUGCUUUAUUAUGCUGCCGUCUGACAGCAUCGCGUCUUCGCGAGGCUGAUCGUUGGCAAUCGUACAAAUUUUUAAUUUAUUAAUUUACUUUGUUGCAAGUACACGUUUAUGGUUUGCUUUGCAGAUAUACAGACCGUUCACAGAGACUUGCCUCUUGUGCAGGGAUUAGCGGUGGACUGGCUUGGCAAUAACAUAUAUUGGCUUGGCCAGCGUCACAUAAUGGUUUCCAGGACGGACGGUCGUUUUAAAAAGACUCUGGUUGGGAUUCAGGCUUGGCACAGGAACCCGCUCGUUCUGGACCCUGAAAAAGGGUAAGAUUUACUCGUUGUGAGCAAGUAAAGGGUUGGUCUAUUUUACCUGUGAGGCGUCGGGGUGGGGGGUAUUUUGCUGGAGGGUCAUUUCUAGAUAAGGGGACGUUACAUGGGGGGUCAUUUGAAUAAAUUUUAUUAAAGUAGUACAAAGCAGUAAUGAGCGUGAAUUGAAAUUGAACAAGAACGCUCUUAAAAACCUGUGAGUCUCGCUUGCUUAGAGAUUAAGAACUAAGACACUCCUAAAAAGGUCGAUUCGACCUUGCUUGGAGAUAAAAUAACAAAUGAGGAGGCAAUUAAUUCUUAAGGAGCCUGUGUCCGGGCGUGUAAGCCAUAACGACUAUGUGGGGAACUGAGAAAAAAAUGCUAGCUAGGCAGGUUACACAGUAAGCAUAGACUGUCUUUGGUACAUACAAUAAUCAGGAACUUCAAUGUCUUCAGUUUUAAAACUGGAAAAAGAUUAUAAUGUUACAGUUGGGUGAACUUGAGCCAAUUUGCUAACCAUUAAUUAUUAUUUGGGUAAACCUCAAUAUAAACUAUGAGAUUGCUUAUUAAACGUGAUAUUUUUAUGAAGUUAAAUUUUAGAUGAGAGAAACACCAUUCCGUGGACACUCACCCUUCUUCUUCUCUUGUGUUGUUUCCUUGUCAUGCCUUGUGUUCUAUUGUUAGCCUUCGACAUCAAAGAAUACUAAAUGAUAUGGCUCCUGGGUUCAAACUUCAAAAAAACUUCAAAAACUAUUACUAAAAAAAUGAAAAUAAUUAUAAAUCUAAAGUGACACUAAGGAAACGGGAAUUUAAAUUCACUUGCUUUCGAACUCUUCGCCUUUGCAACAACGUGGCUUCCUGCAGGAAACAGGAUUUCCUUGGAAUAAGUUUUUCAUACCCUUUUUAAUCGCCGGUCGAGUAAUCUUUUGAAAUCGUGUUCAGCGAAACGUGAUCAACAUAGCACGUCAUUUCAGUCAUCGCCGAAAACAAACCACAAGCACAUCACAAGACUCGUUUGCAUACAAUAAAAGUUUACAGAGCCUGACCAUCGUAGUUUUGCUAAUCUAAGAUUAUUCUUCUUUUUUUUCAACCACUGAAGUAUUCACUUGUUUCAAAGUAAUCAACGCUUUCAAGCGAUACGAUUCGUGGACAGACCCGUUCCGGAAAAGAUCUACAUCUUUCGCAUUACCUUAAUUUCCUGCAUGGCUUUCGUCACUCCGAGAUACUUAUCCCACGUUUCCACGGCUAUGAUCUCCUUUUCGGGGAGGACACACGAAAAAAAAAAAAAAAAAAGGAAAGAAACGCUUGCCUUUUCUGAGGCUCGCCGCUAAAGCAAGCGAGACUAAUUUGACAGCCGAACAGCCCUCUCUGCUCGCCGCUAAGUACUUUUGGACAAACAUCCCUGGAGGCGAGUAUUGAAGAGAGACUGCUGUUUUUUUUUUUCUUUUUUGGCGCAGGCUAUGUCAGAGCAUAAGUACCCACAGACGGCCCAAACUCACGUUACGAGGGAAGGGUGUAAUGUAAUCUACAUACCAUAGGUGACGCGCCGGUGUCGCGUUACAGGCGACCGUUGAAAAUAUAAGAGACUUUGUAUGAGAAAUAUAUUACCGAGAUCUGCGAACGCUAAAUAACGCUAAACCUUACUUUUUCGUAAAUGAAACGAAUAAAAAAGAGUUACCUGCAAUAUAUUCCACGGCACUUUGGUGUUUGAUUGUCGUUUACUGAUUUUUUUUUGUCAUACAAAGUCUCUUAUAUUUUCAACGGUCGCCUGUAACGCGACACCGGCGCGUCACCUAUGGUAUGUAAAUUACAGUACACCCUUCCCUCGUAACGUGAGUUUGGGCCGCCUGUGGCGUAGCAAGCGUUUCUGUGCGGUUUAGGAGCAAAGAACGAGGAACAAGUGUCAGAGACGGCGCGAAAAAUGGCGCAUUUUCUGGUUCUCGUUUAAUUUCUCGCGCGAUCAAAACCGAAAAUCCCCUUCUACGGUCUUUUUUUGCUCCGAAACCAAAAGGAAACGUUUGCUACGCAGGCUAAGUGCCAGGUAGAGUUACGUAAUGGUGGAAAAGUUGAUGCGUUCAUCACUGGUUCAUUCUCAUUAACUGAUGUCUUGUGGUAUCGAUAUAGGUUUAUGUAUUGGUUUGGUGUGCUACGGUCGGAGGGCAGGAUAUAUAAACUUCCUAUGUAUCAAACAGAAUACCAUUUGCCAUUGAUUACUUCGACCGAAAACUGUACUGGACAGCAGGAAAUUAUCGCCGAUCAUCAGCGACAGGAAUAAAAUCUCACAAGCUGGACCUUGAUGACACAAUCGACGGACAGAGAACCGAGGUCAGUACUACUAGACGAAAAAAUGGAUUUAAUGAUAUUUGCCUCCAAGACAAAUCUAAGACAUUUCAAGGUUAGCCUAGUCCAGGCUCCAAGAUGGUGGGGAAAACGGCUCCGACAAAAAAACGCGGAAAACCGCGUUAGGACUAAAGAGCUGAAGGGACACAAGCUCGUUUUUUGCUGCUUGUGCUCUUUCAGUUUUCGCUCGUCUACACGGACCGAAAGCCUGGCACAGGCUAUAUUGAAAGGUUAGUUGUAGAAAUCAAAUGAAGUCGACGAGCGGUACAGCCCAAAGUUUGAAAAAAAUGUAAAAACGUCGUGCUNAAAAAAAUAAUAUAAAAAACUAUGUCGGAGAGGACCGCCUGUGCUGAACAAAACAUAACCCCCCUCACAAAGGCACCACCCCCCUCCCCCCCCCCCCCCCCCCCCCCCUCCCACCCCACCCCAGCAUUUAGUACGAACGCUUGUGAGUUAACUGAGUAGUUUGUUUCAAAACUGUAAAGUCUUCACCUUUCACGAGACCUUUCUGAUCUUUUCUGGAGCUAUAAAGUCAAGCGCGAAAUUUCUCAAGGUCCAAAGUGCACUUCCCAGAUAAGAACGUCUGCGUGAGAGGCUAACUAUGUUAACUGUAUAUAGCAUACAAAAGUUUUAACUGCUGCAUAAUAAUCGUUAUAGAGGAAGCUCGCGCCACUGACUAAAGAUUAAAUAAUAUUAAAACUACUAAUUACAAUCAAAUAUAAAAAGCUAACGGUUAAAAAGUUAAAAGGCUAAAAAGGCUACGACCGGCUACGACUCAAAAAGGCUGAGUGAAAAAAGUUAAGAUCAGACUAAAAGAUUUCAACCAGAAUGUCGUUGUGACGGAAAAAAGUGAUCAAAUGUUAGGAGUUGUAAUAAAUAUUUCGCGAUGAGGAGAGGACUUAUAACCUCCUUCGAUAAAGCUAACCGUGAGAAACUUUUCCGGGAAAAAACUAAUGUAAAAUGAAGACUUCAUUGAGUGUCUAUUUCUUGAGAACACGCGAAAAGAAAAUUUACGUCAAACUCGUCCUGGUACUCGUUCUCGAUGUCUUCAUAACUCAACUGGGGUUUAAAACCUACUUCGGGCGAAGAUCGGGGGAAGACACUGUUUUCAAAAUGCCAGACUUUAACGUGGGAUUGUACAGUUUCUUAUUUCUCACCGCUCAAUAAUCGGAAAAGCAUUGACUUGACUUUUAUGUCUGUGUCGCAGGUAUUAAAGGGGUUGAACGGAAUCUCUCCGCCAACUUCAUUGUCAGUGUCUGAACAUAGCAUCUACUGGGUGGAUGAACAUUCAACCUACAUCUCAAUGACAAAUAAGACAGUUAAGGAUACCGAUAUGACUCACACAAUAAAGAAUAUAAAGGUCAAUGCUAAAGGGGUAAGAAGUCUGAAGGUGGUACAUCGGAAUAUACAGAAAGGUAAUAAACUAUCAGACUAUGAUAUCAUGAUGUUUUGAAGACAGAUAGUACUUGGUAUGGGCACCUGCGGACGUCAAUUUCCGCGCGUCGCGCGUUUUCCAUCCAAUUGUUUCGUGUGGUAACGCUACUAGCGAACUCAGCGCAACCACAACAACGACAGAAACGAGAAAAUAAUCAGAACAAAAUCUCUGAACGUGCAGCACACUUAGUGGCAGGCUUCCUUACUGCCUUUGUACCACAAAUGUUAUCAAACAUGAUUGAAAUGGCAAUGCGAUCGUCGCUUAGUCAAUGGCGAUCGUUACCACUUCGAUUUCGUCGGGAAAUUCGUGGCUCGCUCUACUUUGUUGACAAUAAAAGAUGGCUGGAUAUUGGCCCAGGUCCUUUUUUGCGCGCUAAGAUCGGCCCAUCUUACCCGAACAGGCAAGAUAAUAGGGCAUAGGCCCAUCUCGCCCUCUCAUGUAGCCAAUUAGAACACAGGCAAGGCCGGCCCCUCCGUGUCCUCUUGUGGGGUCAGCCAUAUAAUAAAAUUACAGUAGUGUGAUAAAACUAGUCUUUUUUGAAGGACUAGCUAAGUCGGCCGUUAGGUUAUUUUGACGGAUUUUGUUCACUACAAGCAUUAAACAACCAGUGCCUUUUUCACCGACGAAACCCCUCGGAAGUACACUACAAUGGCGUGCGGAUGUCUCAAGAUAAAUUUUAUGAACCUUUUUUCUGAAUACCUCACCCUAACCACACAGAUCUAAAAACUUUACAAGAUUAUUUUCAUAUUUUUAAUAUUCUAUCAUCAAAUAGAUUCUUGAUUUCAGUCAUGAUCAGAUUCUGAAUUCGAUGUUGUAUAACCGUAAAUCUCUGAUAUCCACUGCAUAUUUUAAAUUUUAAAUGAGUUUAAUUUGGUUUUCCUAAUUCUCGAGUCACUCAGUAAAGACUUUUUAAAAGACUAAAUGAGGGACUUGCAGAGCGGAAAUUCGAAGGUGAAAAUGCUCUUCCAGUUUGGUCAAGUACCAUACAAAACUCUAUGCUUUCUAAAAUUCGUCUCUGAGUCAGACUGGGCAGUUGUGUAUAAUCCCUGACCAAUAUUAAAUGUAGGUUUACUUUUUCUCACGUUUCAAGCCCCUCCGAUUAUAAGCCCGUGUAAUAAGACCCCGACCCCUUCCAUAAAGCAUUCACCCUGGAUUGUUGCUUUUACAGAUUAUAUAGGAUACGAUGAAUGCUCGGCAUGGACACGUUGCUCUCAUCUCUGUCUUUCCGACCCGGAUAUGCACCUUUUUCGCUGUGAAUGUCCUGAUAACAUGACAGCUGUGGGAAAAUGGUAUUGGAAUAAGACUUGUGCUUGUCCAACGGGGCAGUUUAUGGACGCGAAAGGAGACUGUAAUUAUCGUAAGUAUAAAAAAGAGCUCUUGAAUUUCUUAAGCCAUUAGAGAAAUUAGUCUGUAGCGUCACAUACUGAUGAUAAUGACGAUGAUGAUGGUGGUGGUGGUGGUGGUGGUGGCGAUGAUGAUCCGAUGAGUGAUUAUAACUUGUAUAGCAAUUAACAUGUGUUUAUUUCAAAAUGAACGAAGGCUUUUUACAUUUUUCUUUUUUAUUUAAAGUGGAAGCACCUUGGAAUGUGAUUGCAAUUAAAUUGAAUACCACCGCAAUAAAAUUAACUUGGCUGCCUCCAAAAGUUCGCCAACCAGGAAAAAUGGUGAGUUGAUUUCCGUUUAUUUCGAGUGGCCAGUAGGCUCGUGUUUAUGCUAAAUAGCAAGAGAUAAAAGAUUGACCAACAAUUAGCAAAAUAAUAUUUAUAAUAAUCAUAAUCAUAAUCAUAAUCAUAAUCAUAAUAACUGAUCAUAACAGGGGCACCCAACGUCAAUUUUCGGAAAAUAUCUGUUCGGAAGACGAUUUGAGAUCUAGAAUUUUAGGAACAUUUGUUCUAAAAUUUCUUUCUAGCCAGCCUCUCCUAGGAUUUUCGANAUUCGAUGUUGUAUAACCGUAAAUCUCUGAUAUCCACUGCAUAUUUUAAAUUUUAAAUGAGUUUAAUUUGGUUUUCCUAAUUCUCGAGUCACUCAGUAAAGACUUUUUAAAAGACUAAAUGAGGGACUUGCAGAGCGGAAAUUCGAAGGUGAAAAUGCUCUUCCAGUUUGGUCAAGUACCAUACAAAACUCUAUGCUUUCUAAAAUUCGUCUCUGAGUCAGACUGGGCAGUUGUGUAUAAUCCCUGACCAAUAUUAAAUGUAGGUGUACUUUUUCUCACGUUUCAAGCCCCUCCGAUUAUAAGCCCGUGUAAUAAGACCCCGACCCCUUCCAUAAAGCAUUCACCCUGGAUUGUUGCUUUUACAGAUUAUAUAGGAUACGAUGAAUGCUCGGCAUGGACACGUUGCUCUCAUCUCUGUCUUUCCGACCCGGAUAUGCACCUUUUUCGCUGUGAAUGUCCUGAUAACAUGACAGCUGUGGGAAAAUGGUAUUGGAAUAAGACUUGUGCUUGUCCAACGGGGCAGUUUAUGGACGCGAAAGGAGACUGUAAUUAUCGUAAGUAUAAAAAAGAGCUCUUGAAUUUCUUAAGCCAUUAGAGAAAUUAGUCUGUAGCGUCACAUACUGAUGAUAAUGACGAUGAUGAUGGUGGUGGUGGUGGUGGUGGUGGCGAUGAUGAUCCGAUGAGUGAUUAUAACUUGUAUAGCAAUUAACAUGUGUUUAUUUCAAAAUGAACGAAGGCUUUUUACAUUUUUCUUUUUUAUUUAAAGUGGAAGCACCUUGGAAUGUGAUUGCAAUUAAAUUGAAUACCACCGCAAUAAAAUUAACUUGGCUGCCUCCAAAAGUUCGCCAACCAGGAAAAAUGGUGAGUUGAUUUCCGUUUAUUUCGAGUGGCCAGUAGGCUCGUGUUUAUGCUAAAUAGCAAGAGAUAAAAGAUUGACCAACAAUUAGCAAAAUAAUAUUUAUAAUAAUCAUAAUCAUAAUCAUAAUCAUAAUCAUAAUAACUGAUCAUAACAGGGGCACCCAACGUCAAUUUUCGGAAAAUAUCUGUUCGGAAGACGAUUUGAGAUCUAGAAUUUUAGGAACAUUUGUUCUAAAAUUUCUUUCUAGCCAGCCUCUCCUAGGAUUUUCGAGCAUCUAAAAUUGUAUAAUUGCCCAUUUUUAACGGAUUUUUACCCUAAAAAGGUCACCUAUAAUUUUUGGGAGCCUUUUUUUUGGCUGAAAUUUUCCAAAAGGUAAGUUUUGAUCUUUAUAAUUUUCGGAUCACUAGACUCUCAGCUAAGAAAUCCAAACAGAUGAAAAAUUUUUAGGGGGUAAAAAUAUACCUAUAUCUACCGUUUAGAUACUAAAAUACAUGUAACAAUGCCAUGUUUAAGUGGUUUUGAACUAUAUUCUCGUUGGGUGCCCCUGUCAUAAUAAUAAUAGUGAGCGAAUGUGGGGGCUCAAAACAACAGCAGUCCCGGCGGUUAUGGGAGCCCUUGGCACCAUCAAGAAGGACAUGGAACACUACACUAACAAAAUCCCUGGCAACAUCAACAUUCAGGAACUCCAACUCUCCUUUCUACAGCCCACCUUCUCAGGCGGGUCCUCUCCAUCGAGUAGAAACCCUCUUUGCCACCCAAAGUCCAUGGUUUGGACUCAGAUGUUGAGAGAGAAAAUCACACGCAAUUACACUAGUACAUCUUGUAUAAUAAUAAUAAUAAUAGUAAUAAUAAUAAUAAUAAUAAUAAUAAUAAUAAUAAUAAUAAUAAUAAUGAACAUGAUGAUGAUGAUGAUAAUGAUGAUGAUGACAACAACAACAACCCAGGGCCCCAUAUAUAUUUAUAUAUAUAUUUUUUUCAUCGCGGUUGAUCACCUCCAACUCUUGAAUGACUGUGAGGUAAUUUUAAAAAAGGUAUUAGCUGCAACUCAAUUAACUUCAUGUUGAUUGGAGUCAUGUGCUACCACAUGACCUGUUAAAAAAAUUUUAGGUCAAAUUCGAUUUAGCGAAAUGAACCCGCCCAAACGACUUUCUUAAUAGCCUCUAAUGUAACGCACAAGUCCAGGAAAACGUUUGACAGGCAAGGUAAUUAUUUUCAACGUUGUUUAGAGUCACGCGCUUUAUUAAGGAAUUUUUAGCGCUCCCAGAUAGGAAUUUUUUAACCUCUUAUGUCUAAUUUGAAUUUGAGUUCGUCAUUCCUAACAAUCUUAAUGAUUAAGAGGGGUUAGUCAUAUAAAUUCUGCAGUAUGUAAAUGGUUUUAAAUUUAUAUAAUUUUGCGUCUAUUCCAUCUAACAGUGGUAUUAUAUCUUCCUUGCGAUCUAUCCAAAUGGAAUUCCCCGCUGGCCUUUAAGUCGUACCACUUCUACAUCUUUUGUUAUCAGCCAUUUGAAAAGCAGCGUUAGGUACACGUUUGCUGUUUCAGUGGGGUCCGUGGACGCCGCAUUCUUACAGAUAGCAUCAGGCUAUUGGAUGGUCAGUGAUUCUCUUUAUUAAUAUAUUAUUGUUCAGAUGAACUUCUGGCUCGAUCACACUGUUUCUCUGCUUGUACUAUUUAGUAUGUGUGGCCUACAUGUUGUCCAAUUUAGAAAUAGUCAUUCAUGGUCUUAACCCUUUAAGUCCCAAUAUCCACAUACAAAUUCUCCAAACUGAUCUCCAUACAUUUCCUUAAGGAAAUAGUUGAGAGAAUUUGAUGAUAGAUCAGGGCAUUUUCUCUCAGGUGAUCAUUUAUUAAUCCUCAUAACUUACCUCUUGACAGUGUAUGGAUAUUGUUAAGAGAAAAUUGAUCUUGGUCACUAUUGGGACGUUUCUUAAACAACAGAGUAAAUCUUUAAAACGCCUAAUAGCCCGCGAGCAAGCUCUCCAUUUGGGGGAUAUCGUGAACUGCAGACGCGAGAGAGGCACUCGAGUCCCGGCUUCGCCGCUCGCUCGCGCGUUCUCUCUUCACUCGCCCAAAUAGGAGAGCUUGCCCGCAGGCUAAACGCCUAAAGGCCCAAAGUUUUUCAAGUUUUGGUUUUAGCUUCCUUUUUACCUGAGCCCAGCCAAAAACACUUUCUGAGUUUUUGAAUAGCUGCGCAUUCAGUAGUACGUACCUUAUAUCAAAAGUAGUUGCUUUCAACGCAACUACUCAGCUGACUACUUUUGAUCUAUGUGAAGUCGAAGACCUUUUUGAACGUAUCAUAUUUAAAAGGCAUGAACCGUUGUUGUAAGACUGUAUUUUCGUGCCUCCCUUGUGUCUCAAGUAGUUUCUGUCAGUAUACAAUAUAUACGUUAUCGACCAAUGAUGAGGUUAAGAUGACUGGGUCGUCAAUAACAGCCCAAGAAAAAACGAGGCCAAUAUCCAGCUAUCUAAAUGGAACAGGCGAAAAAGGCCAGAAUGGCAGAAAAUAAAACUUUAUUUUGCAGGACGAACACGGGAAAACCCGUGCAUGCAAGAUAGGCCUAUUUUACCUGUUACCAGGUUCAGCCUGAUAAUGAAAAUAAUACUGAUACCAAAUAAAUUUUCAUUCUCCACAGAGAUACCACCUUUACCUACCACAUCAAGGUUGUCAACUGCCAACUCAUCUCUAUCAGCAUCUACAGGCUCCACGCCUGCUUCACCAUCCAAUCAGCUACAACUUCAAAAGAUUAACAACGAGUCGUUUCCUUAUUGGGCAAUCGGUGUAACUGUGGUUGCCCUCGGUAUCAUUAUAUUCGCCGUCGUUCUGCUCCUUCGUAGAUACAAACGCCGCACACGGCAGAGCGAUCGCCGAUCGCAUCGAUGCGAUCAUCGUAUGAUCGAUGCGUCAACUACUUUGUCGUCACUCAAAGAUCCACUGGAAACAUAGAGGGUGGGUUUUAAAUUAAGUUUAACGCGUGCCUAUUGUUAGUGUCCCCCAAAAGCUCGAGUAUCCCCUCUAUAGUCAUCGAAGUCCGUCCUUUCAAUUCUUUUAAGUCUUAUUAGCACAAAUACAAUACAAUCAGUGUUCUAGAACAAGCUGAAAAUUAGUCUGUACUAGGCUUUCAG